AUGAGCUCCUACUUUGUCAACCCGCUGUACUCCAAGUACAAGGUGGCGGCGGCCGCGGCGGCGGCGGCGGCGGCGGGGGAUGCCAUCAAUUCCCCGUACUACGACUGUCACUUCGCACCCGAGGUGAGCGGCCGGCACGCCGCUGCCGCCGCCGCCGCUGCCGCCGCCGCUCUGCUCUACGGGAACGGCGGGGCCGCCGCCGGCUUCCCGCACCCCGCGCCCGGCGGGGCGGGGGGCGGCGGCGGCGCGGCCGCGGACUUUUACCACCCGGCCGGGGGGAGCCCCACGGCCGCCUACCAGCCGCCUCCUCCUCCCCCCGCCGCGCCUCCGCCUCCUGCCCCCUGCAGCGGGGUUACCUGUCACGGGGAGCCCGCUAAAUUUUACGGAUACGAUAACUUACAGAGACAGCAGAUUUUUACGACACAGCAAGAGGCCGAGCUGGUACAAUAUCCUGACUGUAAAUCGUCCAGUGCUAAUAUUGGCGAGGAACCAGACCACUUAAAUCAGAGCUCGUCUCCUGCUCAAAUGUUUCCCUGGAUGAGACCACAAGCAGCGCCGGGUAGGAGGAGAGGAAGACAAACAUACAGCCGAUUCCAGACUCUAGAGCUGGAAAAGGAGUUCCUAUUUAACCCCUAUCUGACCAGGAAGAGAAGGAUCGAGGUGUCUCAUGCACUAGGACUCACCGAGAGGCAGGUAAAGAUCUGGUUUCAGAACAGGAGGAUGAAAUGGAAAAAAGAGAACAACAAGGACAAAUUCCCCGCUUCCAGACAGGAGGGAAAGGAAGGGGAGGCCAAAAAGGAAGCACAUGAUCUGGAAGAAGACAGAGCCGAAGGCCAGACGAAUUAA